ACUUAUAGGACUGAUGAAGAAAUCGAGAGUAUCAGCCAAUGAACUAUUUGAAAUGGAAUUUCUGAUCACAUGACAGUGACGAUGACGAUGUGUGAAGUAUCUCCUUCAAACGGCAGAGCCAUGACUUAUAGCCUUCAACAUGGGUUAAGAUUAUGGUAACAGAAUGGGCUCACGUCAUGGACAAAAGACCUGCAGACCGGACCGAAGAAGAGUUGGAGAUCCUCUACAAUCGUCUUCGAAGCAUAGAGGCCUUCGAAAAGUACCACCCUACAUUACUUCAACAGAUGUGCUGCUUCGGGUACUACGAAGACUUGGACAAAGGGGUCACUCUGUUCCGCCAAGGUGAUAAAGGGACCAACUGGUAUGCCGUACUGGCAGGUUCUCUUGAUGUUCAAGUCCUACAAACCUCACCGGAACAAGACACAGUGACCUUAUGUACUCUAGGUAUUGGUACGGCGUUUGGGGAGUCCAUAUUGGACAACAGUCCCCACAGUGCAACAGUUGUCACCAACGAACAUUGCGAACUGCUAAGGAUAGAACAAAGAGAUUUCAAAACAAUAUGGGAGAGGAACAAGCAUUUGAUGGAAGACAUCGUUUCACCAAUAAGUACAUUGAGAUCAUUAACAGGACUCCCGCGACAAGAUGAAUGCAAGGCAUCCAAUGGGAACAUCCGUUCCAUCACCCCCUUGGGGAAGAAAGAAUCACUCACCCCUGACGGACCAAAUCCAGCUCUUCCUAUCACACAAGAACCAUCGUCGACUCUAUCACGUGCCGGCUGGGUAUUAAGAACUCUAAUUUUGAGCCAAAGCCCCCACUUAAUUCGUGAUCGAAAAUACCACGUUCGAACAUUUAGAAAGUGUCUUGUUGGUUCAGAAAUGGUGGACUGGUUGAUGCAGCAAGGAGGUUCUUAUGUUCGAAUCCACUCGCGAAGUCAAGCUGUCGGUAUGUGGCAAGCACUCAUGGAAGAAGGUGUUAUUUCCCACGUGACCAAUGAGCACCAGUUCAAGGAUAAAUACCUCUUCUAUAGGUUCAGGGAAGAUCAGAUCGACAGUGGAAGCUUUCCGUCAGCUGACGAUCGUCAACAGGCUGAAUUAGAACUUGCGGAAACAUUAGCGAUAUUACUGCAGCUAGCUCCUGACGCUAUAUUUAGAAUGAUUCUUCGGAAGCCGUCCUGUGAGCGUACUGAAGAAGAUCUGGAGAUAAUUUAUGAAGAGCUACUUCACAUAAAAGCACUGUCUCAUCUCUCCAACAGCGUGAAAAGGGAGCUGGCUGGCGUUCUAGUCUUCGAAUCCCACCCAAAAGCCGGAACAGUCCUUUUCAACCAAGGAGAUGAAGGAAAGUCAUGGUUUAUUAUUCUUAAAGGAGCUGUUAAUGUCGUCAUUUACGGAAAGGGUGUUGUGUGCAGCUUGCAUGAAGGAGACGAUUUCGGAAAAUUGGCACUAGUUAACGAUGCUCCCAGAGCAGCUACAAUUGUUACAAGAGAGAACAAUUGUCAUUUCCUUAGGGUAGACAAAGAUGAUUUCAACAAUAUUAUUAGGGAUGUCGAAGCCAAUACUGUUCGAUUAAAAGAACAUGGUCAAGAUGUCUUACUGUUACAGAAAAUUCCAACUGAUAGUAGGGCACCAGAUGGCACCCAUUCACAUUAUAAAUAUAUGGUUAUGGCCGGCACUCCCCAAAAGAUGUUGGAACAUCUCCUAGAAACGAGAAUAGAUCAAAGGAAUGAAGAUGCUAGUGAUACAUUUUUGGAAGACUUUCUUCUCACCCAUGUGAUAUUUAUGCCAAGUCACCAACUAUGUCCUGAGCUUAUGAGACACUAUAGGAUUGAUGCUACAAAUUGCAAGCAAGAAAAGGAGUUUAUUAUAGCCAAUAAGAAACGUGUCUUACAAUUUGUACAAAUUUGGGCGACUGUCAUUAGAGAAGCAUUUUUUGAAGAUGCCAGCAUAGCAUCUUUUUUACAGGAACUGCACGAUUCAGUCGUUGAAGAUUGUAAAAAGUUCACAUUGCACGAAGAACUCUCGAUCAUUUCUCGAAUACUAGAAACAAAGCACAAAUACGAUAAAGAAGUGAUCGGUGUCACUUAUCGGUGGAAAGUUGGCCCCUAUGGUCAAAUAAGACUUUUGUCUGCGAGCGAAUCUCAAGAUGAAGAAAGGACGGAAUUUAGAAGAUGUAUCAAAUACUCUGAUGAAGUUGUCUUCCGAGUCUAUUGUGCUGAUCAUACUUACACAACUAUCAAGACUGGAGUUGGUGCUACAGCCGAAGCCAUCAAAAGAAGUGCCGCAGAAAAACUGGGCUUUAAAGAUGAACUUCUGCUCGUCGAAGUUAAGUCGACGUCAGAGCGUGUCAUCUUCAAAGACUCUGAAGUGAGCGUUCCAACUGGAUUAAGCGUUAACGGAAGGAUAUUUCUCACGCCUUCAGACCAAGUGGAUCUACUGACACCUUUACCUGAACAAGAGGGGCCACAAGACGGUACAGGGGCCAUCUUAGAAACUCUUAACUCCUUAGACAUUGCUUAUGGUAUGACUAUCUAUGAAUGGGAUCUUUUCUCUUGUGUUCAUGAAUAUGAAUUGAUCUACCAAGUAUUUGGACGUCAUCAGUUUCGUAAAAUCAUGUCGAAUCUGGAUGUGUUUCUAAGAAGAUUCAAUGAGAUUCAACAUUGGGUAGUUACUGAAAUGGUUCUUUGCAAUAACCUCAGCAGGAGAGUUGCUCUACUAAGAAAAUUUAUCAAGAUUGCAGCACAUUGCAGAGAGCAUCAAAAUAUGAACAGCUUUUUUGCAAUUGUGAUGGGACUGAGUAAUGUCGCCGUCAGCAGGAUGACUCAGACAUGGGAAAAACUUCCCAGCAAGUUGAAGCGCACAUUCUCAGAAUUCGAGGCUCUAAUAGAUCCUUCAAGGUGAGCUAAUUAUUCCUUUAU